AUGAGCGCAAAGGGAACAGAAGUCAAAGCUGAUACUGCCAACGUUGAGGUAUCAAAGAGCACAGGUGAAAGACCCAAAUGGGACAAUAAGAUUCAGUACCUGCUUACCUGCAUUGGAUUUGCUGUGGGUCUUGGUAAUGUCUGGCGAUUUCCUUACUUGUGCCAGAUCUAUGGGGGAGGUGCAUUUCUGAUCCCCUACUUGAUUGCGCUGGUGUUUGAGGGGCUGCCUCUGUUAUACCUUGAACUAGCCAUCGGUCAGCGCCUGCGAAUGGGAAGCAUCGGGGUCUGGAACUCCAUCUCACCUUACCUGGGUGGUGUAGGCAUGGCUUCGAUGGUGGUGUCCUUCUUGGUAGGCAUGUUCUACAACACCAUCUUGGCUUGGGUUCUGUGGUAUUUCUUCCAUUCAUUUCAAAAUCCACUUCCUUGGAGAUCAUGUCCUGUCUUUAACCUCACAGAAUACGUGAGGGAAUGUGAGUUGAGCAGCCCAGUGAACUACUUCUGGUACCGGGAGACACUGAACAUCACUCCCAACAUUGAGACUAGUGGCUCCUUGCAGUGGUGGCUCGUCAUAUGUUUGGCCACAGCCUGGUGCAUUGUCUACGUCUGUUUCAUCCGUGGCAUUGAGACCAUUGGCAAGGCGGCGUACAUCACAGCCACAUUCCCGUACCUCGUUCUCACCAUCUUCCUCGUCAGAGCGCUAACCCUGCCAGGUGCCAUGACUGGCCUGAAGUACCUGUUCACACCCCAGUGGGAAAUACUGAAGAACCCAAGGGUAUGGCUAGAUGCUGCUACUCAGAUAUUCUUUUCCUUGUCCUUGGCUUUUGGGGGUCUCAUUGCCUUCUCCAGCUAUAACCCUCAGAAAAACAACUGCGAGCAAGAUGCUAUAAUUGUUGGCUGCAUUAACAGUGCCACCUCUAUAUAUGCAUCGAUUCCAAUCUUUGCCAUUCUCGGAUUUAAGGCUAACAGUAACUACGAGGACUGCCUGAACAACAAUAUUUUGUCCCUGACAAAUGCAUUUAAUAUGGGAGACCAAAACAUAACAAUUGAGAACUAUGAGACUUGGCUGACUUACCUGAAUACUUCAGAUCCUACCAAAGUGGCAAACCUUCAUCUGAAGGUCUGUGAUCUUCAGACCUUCCUUGACCAGAGUGCCUCGGGAACGGGCUUGGCUUUCAUCGUGUUCACUGAGGCAGUGAUCAAGAUGCCAGGUUCCCAAGUUUGGUCUGUGCUCUUCUUCAUCAUGCUUUUUACUCUUGGCCUGUCCUCCAUGUUUGGAAACCUUGAAGGUGUCCUCACACCGUUGCUUGACCUGAAACUGGUUCCCACAUGCAUUCCCAAAGAGAUUUUCACAGGGUUCAUGUGCCUGGUGUACUUCAUUUUCUCCUUCAUCUUUGCUUUGGGCUCAGGAAAUUACUGGCUUGAGAUUUUCAACAGUUAUGUUGGAUCUGUGCCUUUACUCGUCAUUGCCUUCUUUGAGAUCACUGCUGUAUCUUAUGUCUAUGGAAUUAACAGGUUCAGCGAUGAUAUUGAAUGGAUGACGGGUCGGAGGCCCAACAUUUUCUGGCAGGCCAACUGGAGGGUCAUCAGCCCUCUUAUGCUGCUGGUUGUAUUGCUGGCUUAUGUGGUUAUCCAGGCCAUGCAGGAGCUGACCUAUUCUGCAUGGAACCCAAACUAUGUGGAUUUUCCCAUGUAUGAGGUGCUGCCGUACCCCGGCUGGGUGUGUGCUAUCUGCGUGCUGCUCUCCACUGUACCCUGCAUUUUGAUUCCGCUGGUGGCGCUCUACAGAUUUGUCCAUUUCCUGAAGAAGCGCGUGGAGCGCUUGCGUGCCCCCAGUUUCUAUGAGAAUGAAGGCUACGUAUCAGACAUGUAG